AUGUUGGGAGAACAGUUUAUCAAUAUGACAAUUGUGCAUUUAUUAUGGAUAGAUGUAACUGAUGCACUGAUUACUCAAGACACAGUUUGCGACCCUACACUGUACAGUAAUGUUUAUUAUGUUCCAUCUCUUUCAGACAUAAUGGACUGCCGUACAUUUUAUGGACAACCCAGAUCUACCUCUAGCACUAUUGUACUUUUACCCGCUGAUCCAUGUGACUCAGAAGUGGAAGACCUCAGUGAUCCAGACGAUGGAGAAAAUGAAGAUUUUGUCCCUCCACGCAGUAUAGAUUUACCGCCCCCUUCAAAGAAAUCGAGGAAUAGAAACAGGCUUGUUGAGGUAUCUUCAGACCUCAAUCAAACUCCCUCCCCUCCUGCAAAGUCCAGGAAGACCAAAUGGGUCAAAAAGGACAUUCCAACCUUCACUCUGCCCGAGCCUGUCUUCGAGCUUCCAGAGUUGGUCCAGACGCCAUUUCUGUAUUUUAAGAAGCUCUUUACUGACCAGAUGAUUGUGCACAUAACUGAGCAUACCAACCUGUACUCAGUUCAACAGACCGGGACAUCCAUCAACACCACUGCUGCAGAAAUUGAGGUUUUCUUGUCAGUUUUGCUCUACAUGGGUGUUUUUGAAUUUCCCUCUUUGGAAGAUUACUGGGCCUGUGAGUCACGCUUCCCACCAGUGGCUGAUACCAUGUCAGUGAAGCGCUUCAAACUGCUCCGAAGAUAUGUCCACUUCAAUGAUAACUUCCAGAUGGAGGGCUGCCCUGACCGCUUCCAUAAGAUACGCCCUCUUUUUGACAUGUUCAGAGAACAAUGCCUUCUUAUUCCACCUACCAACAGGCAAAGUGUUGAUGAAGUGAUGGUGGCUUACAAGGGUACCAGAGCUGGCAAACUCAGGCAGUACAUUCAGAACAAGCCGGAUAAGUGGGGGUUUAAGGUCUUCUGUCGGGGCAGUGACUCUGGCAUCAUCCACGACUUCAUAUUGUACCAAGGCUCCACAACAUUCUUCAACAUUCAAGAGGAAGAGCAUGCACAUCUGGGCUUGAAAGACCUCCUCCUUGGCGCCAAGGUUGUCUCAAUACUCUGCAACACUAUCGUACACAAAGAGGCAACUGUGGUGUUCUACGACAACUUCUUUACCAGCUUCAACUUGGUGAAGACGCUGCACACCAACCUGGGACUGAGAAGUGUGGGUACCGUCAGGGUAAAUCGCACAGGUGGUGCAACAUUGAUGAGUGAUAAGGAGAUGGUGAAGCGAGGCCGAGGUUUUGUUGAUUUCCGUUCAUCAGAGGGAGUCGUUGCAGUAAAGUGGUUCGACAACAAGUGUGUCACCUUGCUGAGCAAUGCUUAUGGGGUGGAGCCACUGUCUUCAGUGAAGAGAUACACAAAGGAGGCGCAACAGAAGGUCGACGUCCCCUGCCCAUCCAUCGUCUUGGCAUACAAUCAAGCCAUGGGGGGCAUCGAUCUCUCUGAUAUGCUUGUGCACCUCUAUAAAACACCAAUGAAGUCCCGGCGCUGGUACCUGCCAUUGUUUGGGUACAUCAUCGAUGUGAGCAUUGUGAAUGCAUGGCUUAUGUACAAAAGGGACUGCAGCAUUCUCAAACAGAAACCGAUGCCCUUGAAGAAGUUCCGUCUGUCGGUGGCAGCUACGUUGAAGGGAGCUGACAAGGUACCUGCCAGGGUUGGCCGACCCCCAGGUGCAAAGCACAAGCCACAAGUCCGUCGCCCCAACCCCCGAGUUCUCCACCCCACCCAGGAAGUCCGAUAUGAUGGCGUUGGACACUGGCCUACAUUUGGCACUCAGAGAGGGAGGUGCAACUUGUGCAAAAGUGGAGUGUCGCGUUGGCGAUGUUCCAAAUGUGGAGAUGGGAAGUUGUUCCUUUGUUUGAACAACAAAAACCAGUGCUUUGUUGCAUAUCACCAGAGAUGAGUUAAGAGUAAGGCAAGGAUGAGACCUAUGCACAAUGAG